GAAUUUAUUAUGUACAGUUCCACCGAAGUAUGUAUGUACUAAUAAAUUAUUUCGUCGAUGAAGACAUGAGCGCAGAUAUUUCGCGCGGCGUUCGAUACAUCAUGCUGCGUUGAACGAUAAAUCGACCAAGUACUUAUUAUUGUAUUGUGAUUACAGUGGUGCGCUCCGUUCCGUUUCGUGUGACAAUUGGUUAUCUAUCUAUUCUUGUUGGUAACUGCUUGUAGUGGGUCCUUGUUCUGUGAAAAAAAAUGGACGUCUAUCUCAAUUUCCCGAAUUUAAAGUUAAUAAUACAUUGGUUCCUGAUCUCGUAGUAACUGCAGGGAUUUUUGUAGUGACGUGCAAAAUGGUAGGCACACGAUUUAUGGUACAAUGGGAGGAGCAUCCCUCACAUUUGUCAACCCGGCUUGGUCGACUCUUGGAGGCACAGGCUUUCGUUGAUGUCACGUUGAUGUGUGCUACGCAUUCUCUAAGAGUUCAUGGCUCAGUACUGGCUGCUUGUAGUCCAUAUUUUGAGGACUUACUCAAACUUCAAGUGGGUCAUCAUCCUCUUAUCAUGCUGAAAGACAUGAAGUUUUGUGUUCUGCGAGCACUCAUUGAAUUCAUGUACUGCGGUGAAACAAGUAUUACUGAAGCUGACCUUCGACCUUUGCUUGAUGCUGCCAAAUUUUUCAAGGUGAAGGGACUUUCUUCAAUGACUGCAGAAGUCUUGAGUGAUCUACCACAAUCUAAAGUAUCUCAAACAUCUGUUUCUGAGGAAGGGAAGAAUGUCACUUGCUGUAAAACUCCGCACACAUCCACUGCGUCAACGCUCAGCACAAGUGGGGCCAACUUCAUAAAAUCAAGCAAGAAGACAUCCAUCGUGAGGCCAAGAAAAAGCAUAGCACCUCCUAAAAUUGACAGUGUAGCAGUUGAAAUGAAUGAUAGCUCUGGACUACCACAAGAUGAGUCAGCUCAGAUUUUGCUUUCUCUUUCUGGAAACAACAAAGUAGUACAAAGAGGCUCUCGUGGGCGGGGGAGCAAUAAUCGCCUCCUGACACAGGGUCCCGGAAGACCGCCCAAUAAACCGAUCGUGAUAAGUAAUUGUAGUUUUGGUUCAGCUGAUUCACAAAUAGAAACGCGGUCGAAAUUAGUUAACACUUUCGAACCUCGCAAGCGCGGCAGGAAAAAACAACAAAUUGCAUCCGUUAGCUCGUCAAGUAGGGAAUUGUUGGAUGGUUCAAAUCAGUCCGUAAGUUCUCUAAAAAGUUUUGAAAGCAGCAAUUCUAUUAUUGACAAUUUCAAAAUGUUACACCGAGAUACUAAGUAUAGCAAGCUGUUGUCCAAUUCAAGUGACCCUAAACUAAAUUCUAUAACAGCAAACAUGGAAAAGUCCCCGUUGCUUGCUUCAUUACUUUCAAAAGAAGACUCCAUUCAAGGUAAGAAAAAUGCCCUGAAAAGUGGAGUUGUGGACAUCAAGUCUCCAUCUGUUAGCGGGUCCACUGAAUACUUAGAAGCCCUGAAAGCAGCAGGGCUACCAACUGAUGUGCCAAUUAUUGUUGACACAGGAGAUGGGAACUACGUGACUUUAACGGAAGAUGUCUUUAUGGACGUUCUAAGUUCAAGUGAAUCUCUACAAUUCCAAGUUACCGAAGAAACGUUGGAUGAUUCUGUCAGCAUAACGGAAGGUGUUGUGAUGCAAGAUGGAUCAAUAGUAACAGAAGAAGGUCGUGAGUUAGUUGCGGAACCGAAUUCGUCGAAAAAACUUCUCUCAGGUCACUUUAAACAGUAUUCGAAGCCAGAGCCUCCAGACCUGUUCACCACAUUGGGAGGCAAAUCAACAAUUAGCAACGAAAAGUCAGAUAUCACGGAAACAGUGACUGAAACUUUGAAAUCUUCUGCAUCAGAUGAUCCUGAUGCAGUAGUCCUAGUAGAAGUUAAAGGGAACCAAGUAGUCAGGUAUGUUGUCUCUUCUAAAGAGAUAAAUGCUCUCAAAGCCCUCAACGAAGAAAAGAAAUGGCAAAAAGCUGGUUUUGAUAGCACUGCACCGAUCUCCAAUAGUUCUAAGAAAAAUAGUACAAAAAUAGCUGAAAUUAAUUUAACUUUAAAUGAUAGUGAAGCCCCGAAAAAAUCGUACAUCACUGAGUUCAUUGAAACUGGAAGUGGUUUAACAAGUGUUGCUAAAGCAAUCUGCGAACGUUUACCUGUCAAAGUCUACAAAGAAAACUUAUCCACCAAAGACUCAGAUCCUUUAAUGGUGAAUAAUGCUUUUGUUGAUAAGGUAAACCGUUCAAAACUUAGCACUAGCCAUGCAUAUGAGGCACUUGCCAUGAUGUGCAACGAUGAAACAAAGGAGGAGAGGCAUCAAAAACCAAGACAAUCAAACAUUGAAAACAUAGAACUGAUGCAAAACAGUGAAAUGGAGAUCUCAAGUAUUACCAACGAAUCUCAACUCAUCAAUACUAAUAGCGAUGAGUAUAUUUUUGUGAGUGAAGAAUCACAAAUGCGAGACGAGUCACAUCUCCAUGGCAUGGACCCUAAUUUCAAUCAGGUUCAUAUGAUGAAUGGAGCUCGAAAUGUUGUCUUGUUGAAGAAUAAAAAUGGCGCUCCGUUAAUGUAUGUCGAAGAUACAGCAGAGCCAUUGAUGAGCAACCGUAUUAUUGAGAUGGAAGGUUUUGGCUCGUUACAGAAAGACUCAAAAAGUAUCGCAUUGAAACAGUGUUUAGGAGAAGGUGAGGAUGAGCAGUUUCAGUAUGUUUUGGACAGCAGCAGCGUUGAUAAAGAAAUGUUGGAUGAUUCGAAUUCAAAUCAAUCAUACUCGAAUAUGGUUCUCUAUUCAAAUAAGGAUACCUCGCUAGAGGACGCUGGUGUCAAGUAUCAAAUGGUCGAUGAUCAAUUUUCAGACAGAAUGAGGGAAAAUAAAAUGCUCUCAAAUAUUCUACUCAACUCUACACCAGAAAUAGAAGACGAGUUGAUCAUGAAUGAAGAAAAUGAUGUCAAAAGUCUGGGUAUGAUCAACCAAGUCCUCAACACUACAGACCAGUUGAAUGAAAACGAUGUGACUGAAAGCUCAGGUUACCAUUCAGCCAGCAUUGAGUUUCACGAGGAGAACGAUAAUUCAGCCUUCGGUGAUGAAAACGGUGUGGGUAGCAAAGAAGACAAUGUUAAAUAUUUAAGCAAAGAAACCGUGUUCAGUGAGAAUAGCGAAAACGAUAAUUUCCAUUUAGUUGAUAGUCGUGAGAAAAGUGAAGACUUUUGUUCUGCACCAAAGAAUUCUUCAAUAGAUGUUCCUUUCAUGCCCAAAUCAAAGUCAAACGAAAGCAGCAUUUCGGAUCGUGUCCUACGCAAGAGGAGGUCUUCGAGUAGCUGUGAUGCCAAACAAAACUCAAUGAAGAAUUGUGUGAGCGUAGAGAAGAGAAACAAAUUGCUCAAUGACAACCACAAUGAGAAUGUAGUCAUAAUGGGGAACGGUGAUGAAAACGCUCUCGAAGAAUCGCAGUUUUUUGGAAACGGAUUAACUGAUACCAUGAUGAAUUCGCAACUCAUUGAUGGCAACAAUUUAUCUUAGAACGAAAUGAAUUUCGUUUUUUCAAAUUCUUGAUUUUUUUAGUUGUUUUGUUUGUUGUUUCUUUUUUUUUUUAUCUUUUAAUUUUCUGUCCUUCACUUUGAUGAUAAAAUCAUACCUUGAAAACAGUUCUUUUAAAUAUGACUAUCUUCCUUUUAUAAUAUUUUUUUUUUUCUUUUU